CCUACUGGCAGCUGUUAGCCCUAAAGCAGACAUCAGCGGUCAACAUGGCCAAGGCAACCACCUUGAAAGAAGCUUUAAACAAAUGGGAAGAGAAGAACGGGGAGAAAGCAAAUGAGGCUAAAGAAGUUAAACUGUACGGUCUGAUUCCCCCUAUAGAGAAGAUGGAUAACUCUCUCAAUGCAUUGGGCCUCUGCGAGAAGCUGUCUCUGGCCACAAACGCUAUUGAGAAAAUAGCCAAUCUCAACGCCCUCAAGAACUUGAAGAUACUUUCAUUAAGCAGAAAUAACAUAAAAAGUCUUGUAGGGUUGGAGAGUGUUGGAGACACUUUGGUGGAGUUAUGGAUUUCCUAUAAUUUAGUAGACAAACUGAAAGGCAUCAGCUCCUUGCAUAAACUGAAAGUCCUCUACAUGUCCAACAACCUUGUUAAAGAAUGGGCAGAGUUUGUGAGGCUUGCUGACCUGCCCAGCUUGGUGGAUCUGGUUUUUAAUGGAAACCCGCUGCAGGAGAAACAUGCCACGGAGGGAAGCUGGAUGGACGAAGCCUCCAAAAGGCUUCCAAAUCUAAAGAAACUAGACGGAAUUCCCAUCAUCAAGGAGGUGGACGAAUAAGAUGAAACAAGCAAAAAGAAAAAAAAAGA